CUUAACCCAAUUUCCGAAAGGAAAGGAAAAGUCCUUGUUGCCGCCCAACUUCUAGAUUAUGAUUCUUUUCAACGCCUCGCCAUAUUCAUGUAGACGCGGUUUUGACACUCCACAAUCGAAUUCAUCUUCCCCAAAAUUUGCCCUUCAUAAAAACCCCUUUCCUUCACCAAACCCUCUCACCUUCAAUUCAAACAUGGCAUCAAUCUACAGUUGUAAAGAAUGCGGUACAAACUUCAAUCUCCACACCACAUAUCUCUACCCACCUGAUUUUUACUUCGAAGCAGGCAACAAAGGUACUCUAUCUUUCUCAGCUAUUGAUUCAUCCAAAUUCAAGUUCAAGAAAGAAGAUAAAAUUAGACCCUUUUUCGAGACCCUUGAUUAUUGGGGUAUCCAGAGGAAAAGGACCAAGAUGAUGUGUAUGAAUUGUGGGAAGCUUGUGGGUUAUGUGUAUGAUGAUGGGCCACCCAUGACUGAUAGUCCGGGUCAGUUUCAUUUUGGGCCUAGUCAGGUUAUUCCUAGAGCACCAAGGUAUAGGCUAAAGAAUAAGGCUUUGAAGAUUACUACUGAGACUUGACAUGUGUUGCAAUUUUUAUUUUUUGGCUAAUUUCUAGAUGUUGGGGGUUUGUAUUUGGACUUAGGAGAUGUAUGACAUUGUGCAUAAGAGAUUUUUGAUUGUCGCAGAUGUUGGUUUUGUUAUUUGUUUUAUUUUGUGUAAAUAUUCAUACUGGAUGAAUAAAAAGACUACCUUUUUGACUUUCUUUACAGAA